GGAAUAUUCUGCACCAUCGUGACCUUUCGUAAGCAAACGCGUUCUGGUCGGUCAUGGAUUUCGAGCAGGAGCUAAAGGAGCACGGCGUCAACGUCGUGUGCUCCAAGAUGGACACCAUCAUUAGCGUGCACAUUCAUGGUGCAUCGGGAAAGAGGCUGGUCGAAACGUUGCAGCUCGUCGACACCUUUGUCGCGUCAAAGGUGGCCAAGCUGGCAAAAUCGUGCGAAGGCAGGAUUUACUGUGACCCAUGCUUUGGGCCGAACGACGCAGACGCGAUGGGCAUGUUGGCACUGUGCAAGCACGGCGAUGUCAUUCCUUCGAAAGGAGGGAGUCAGCAUCAAGCCAAGAUCAUCAAGAUGGUCAAAGAGGACAAGCUGAAAUGGCAGCGGCCCAUAUACGCAGCAGAAACCAAGGACGUACUAGACGAGAACGAGGACUCGGACAAUCCAACUACGUCGGACGAUCCCGUGUUUUGUGAAGAAGGUCAACUCUUUACUAAGUCUGCAAAUUCUGGCGAUGUCAUUCAAGGCAACCUCGGCGAUUGCUGGUUUCUGGGUGCAAUCAGUGUGCUGGCAACGCGCAUGGAGCUGCUCACUCAAGCGUUUUGGCGAGAAGAUCAGUAUAAAAAGCACGGCAUGUUUGUGUGUCGCUUCAUGAAGGAUUUUACGUGGCAUUACGUCGUGCUGGACGACCGGAUUCCUGUCUUUGGCUAUACAAACAAUCGGGCUGGGAAACCCUUUUUUGCCCGAUGCAGCGACCCGAAUGAGCUGUGGGUCCCUCUUAUCGAGAAAGCGUAUGCAAAGUUGCACGGCUGCUACGAAGCCCUCAUCGGCGGCUACAUUGAUGUUGCGUUGAGUGACUUGACUGGUCUGUGCUCGGAACAGAUCAUUCUGAAGCCAGACCAUCCUGGGUUUGGCGACGAUCCGUUUGCACCCAAGCCAGGUGAACAGGCAGGCGAUGGGUUUUGGAAACGGUUGCUUCAAUACAAACGCAACGGCACUUUGAUGGGGUGUUCGAUUCAGCCUGAUCCAAAGAGCAACAAAAACAUUGUGGCAGAAGGUAGUGCUGGCCAAGGCCUGUACUACAAACACGCGUAUGGGCUCGUCGACGUUGGCGAAAUCCAACUCGACAACAACCAAAUGCAGCGCCUGGUAAAAUUGCGCAAUCCAUGGGGCAUGGGAGAAUGGACUGGCGCAUGGAGCGACCAAAGUGACGAGCGUGAAAAGUACGAGGGUGAAAUUUAUCGCGUUUUCAAGUCUGUGAUGCGGCAAGUGGGUGCAAACGUGUUGACGACCAUGCACACCAAGCGCAAAGUCCGUCUCGUGACGGAGCCGCAGGAAGAAGUCACCGAAGUGAAUCAGAACGACGGGACGUUCUUCAUGUCGUACGAGGACUGGCGGGCUCGAUACACGCACUUUUUUGCAGGCAUUGAUUUUGCGGACGAGUGGUGUGGGUUGCGCGUGCAUGGCAAUUGGGACGACACAUCGAACGGUGGCAACACAACCAAGUCGACAUGGAUCAAUAAUCCCCGCUAUCAAUUGCUCGUGAAAGAACGGUGCCAUUUGUACAUCUCGAUGAGCCAACAUGACCCCCGCGGCACGGCAGACCCUGCCAUCUUCCCCAUUGGGUUUCACAUUUGCACGCUGCAAGAAGUGAAAGGCAACAAGUUCGAAGUCAAGGAACCGCCGAAAAAGGCUCCUCCGUACUAUCGACUAUACCAAAAAGCAAGUCAAGCAGGACUGUGCAACGGGACAAUUCUGGAGCCAAUUCCUCCUGCCAUCAUCCCAGGAUCCGUCAUUCCAGGCAUCGAUAACGAUGGUGUGCCCCAGCCGUCGUAUACGCUCAAGCAAGCCGUGACGGUCGACUUGGUGAUUGAACCAGGGCAUUAUUGCAUCAUACCGAGCAUGUACAUGCGCACGAACAAAGACACAGGAAGGACCGCCACGGGGCGAUUCUGGAUCUCGGUGUACGGUCAGCAACCAGUGUUUCACCUUGAGGGUGGGCAGCCCAUCGUCGAAGAGGAGGAAAUGCCCGAGAGCGCGCCCCCACUCCAAGCGGUAGCACCAUCCUCCGCGAUGCAAGCCCCCGUGUUUAAAGAGAUAUCCGUCCCUGGGGCGGCCCAACAUCGUCAAUUCGAAAACCUCAAGGACGAAAUGCUGGCCCACGCCCGAGCCAAAGGGAUCGGGUACCGUGAAGUCAAACGCGAGUUUGCGAACGCCGGAGCGCUGCGGAAGGCCGACUUUAAACGCCGCAUGAUGAAUCUCGGGUUCAAGAUGGACGAAAUGAGCGACGACAAGGUCUUGAUUCUGUUCAACGGGAUGGACAAAGAUAAAAGCAAUACAAUCCAAGCGGACGAGUUACUCGACUGUUUCAUGCUCGACAUCGAAGAAGACCGCAUUGCGUCCGUCGUUCCAGAGAAGGAAGACGAGGAAGUACCAGAAAAGGUGAAUCAAGAGGGCACGCUCGAAGUCCACGUCAUUGGCGGCAAGGACUUGCAAAGUGCCGAAAUCAAACAGCACACCCUCCCACUUCUCACGCUUCCAUCCGUGUCAUUUUCUUCCAAAGAAGCGCUGCGCCAUGAUACGUGUGCACUCGAAAUCCUCGAGGAAAAACCAGCGCUCUUGCAAGACCUACACGUGGCGUUCCUGCACGCACUGAACGUCACCGACGCGACUUUUCACAAACGCAUUCAAGAGCUCGUCGCCAAGUACAAACAGCCAAAGCAAAAGGUCAACCCCCGCGGCCCAAAGAAGAAGCUCAUUCGACACGAUACGACGCCCGUCCAACAGUUUUUCGAUCUUGUGCAGGCCAGACUCGACGCGCUGGCUGCUGCGACCAACUCGAACAAUUCCCCGCCAAAGGAAAAACAAGCUUCUGACGUGCGCAAGCCCUUCAACUGGGCAAACUUGGAGGCCACAGACACCUGCGGACCUGCCGUAGUCGUGCGCCUGCCCACGACGGAACAAAAGUUACUCCACAGCAGCCCGUACAUGCAGGCGCUCGAAACAAAGCGGUGGACAAUGUUCCACCAAAUUUGCCAGCGCAAGGCCCAAGUGUUUGGAGACAAACAAAGGCAGGCCAACUUGCCAAGGCUCAUUGGCGGUCGAAAGAGCGGCACCAACACCGUGCACUGUAGCGACUGCAACAGGACCAUCGUCGUAUCGGGCAAGCAAGAUCACGAUCACAUGUGUAUGGCCCAAGGCUGCGUCAACUUGUUUUGUGCGCCGUGUUAUGAGAAAAUGGCCGCGAACGACAAGUUUUGCGACGACUGCUACUUGCACGAGAACGGCAACAUCGAAGUGCUCGGCAUGCAAUUGCGAACGAUGCUCAUGUCCAAGCUCGCCGCGACAGACGUGCAACUGGAAGCGCUCGAUCAAAUCUUUCACUCGUUGGACGAAAACCACUCGGGAGACCUCAGUCGCGACGAAUUCGUUCAUUUGCUCGACAAGUUGCGCAUGCACCCUCCGCUAACGCCAAAUCAAAUCGACGGCGUGUUUGAAGAAUUGGACGUCGACAACAACGGGUCGUUGAGCUUUGAGGAGUUCAAAAUGUGGCUCCUGGGGCGAGAAAGCAUGUGGUCGCCACGAGUUCCUGACGACAGCGGCGAGGACAUCGCAAUACCGAUUCACGAGCUCCUGUCACCCACCCGCGAAGCGAUCGUGCACGACAAGAAGAGCGCUGGCCUCGUGACCUUUGUUCAGUCUGUCGUCGAUGACAUGGUCACGGACGCCUGUGGGAUGUCGACUCGAUCGCCAUGGCUGUUCAACUCGCAACCGAUAGAAAAACGUGAAUUCGACAAGCAACUCGAGCGCGAGCAUGUGCUGUUCCAACGACUCGGCACGAUCCAACUCAUGGACAACACAAUGGACGACACGGGCGGGAUCGCCAAGUUGUUUUCGAAAUUUGACGUCAACGGCGACGGGUCGAUCGAAAUUGACGAGCUCAGCUACUUAGUGCAAUCGAUCGGGCUGACCGCGUCUCCAGUGGAUCUACGGCUUCUCGCGCAUCGUCUCCGUCGGGAAGAUGAUGGGACCAUUCACUUAGCUGACUUUGUCACGUUUCUUCAACGUAAGUGUGGUCCGAUGCAUUCUGCCACAGAAAUUGACACGAUUGCUCCAGGCACAACUCCCUCGCACGAACGUGCUCUACUGGACAAGAUCAUUGAGCUCGAGCACCUGUGCAAAGAGCACCGCAUCCAGGAAGCCGACGUGAAACACAUCUUGAGGAACUUUUACAUUGGCAUGGAUACACAUGAACUCGCUUGGAUGGCAAAACAGCUCCACGACUUGAUCGGGUGGACGGUCGACCUGUCAAUGCUCCAGCGCAUCGCGUUGGUCUGUACGCCGUGCAUUUUCGACACCAACGAUUCCAAGGUCGUAUGUGCUGGUGAUGUCCUUCUGGCCUUGUUCAGUGCCCCCGCGGGCUUUGCCGGAUCGCUUGCGAGCUACUCGAUCCAGGCCGUGUCCGAUGCGAUCCAGCAUCUUUUCAAAAUUGAGUCCCCAGACGUCGAAGAGGACCUCGAGUGGGAGAAACUUGGACAAUUGCCUCAAGCAGAAAUGCCUCAAGCCAAGUUUGUCGAGUGUUUACUUCGACGGGGGUUAAAAUUGGUCGGCGACAGCUUGGGCAUCGAAAGCCAGGUGUGUGUGGCGCUCGCGCUGGACACGUUGCGGUAUCGCGAAGGCGUUGGCCACACAAUGUUCUCGUCCACGGUCACUCGCGGCCUUUUCACGUCGCUCUCUCGGUAUUCGACUUUGACAGCGCUCGAGCAACAGAUGCGACACAUUUUACAGCAAAUGGCACGCGUUGGCAGUGGUCAGCAGUUUUACCAGACCGUCAUCACUCGAGGAUCCAGCCCCGACGAAGCGCUCAAGGUGUAUGUAAUCGAUCCGUCCGUACACCAGGUCAUGAUGCACGCGUUCCACGAAUCGGACUUCUCGGUGAAUGGCGUCGCACUCUUUGCAGACAACGUCGCGGCGGCCAUGAAUCCAUUUCAGCGCGGCGUCGUCCACGAUUUGUGGUAUCCCGAGCUGAACACGUACUUCUUGGGCCUCCUCAAGCGGUUUCGCAUUUUGUACACCGAGGAUAAGAAGACGCCGUCCCUGGCAUUUCUCGAAAGCGACGCUCUCGUUGCGAAGUUGCGAAGUGUGUUUUCAAGCUACCGCGUGCCAUUUUUCUGGACGGUGUCUGCCGCUAGCCUUCAAAUUAGCGUCGACCAUGCUGCCCUGGACCAAUCGAAGUUGCGCUUGCUACCGUGUGUGAUCCAGUCGAUUUUGAAAUUCUCCGCGAUUGCUUCGUUCCUUCGACAGAUCCAUUCGACCAUUCGUGUACAAAUCGAAGUCAUCGACAAGCCCCUUAGCAUGUGGAUGUCUUGGAGCGAAUUUAAGUCGUGCCUGGCGGGACUGCAGAAUGCAUACACGUUUGUCCAGUUGCUUCCGCAGGGCGAUAUCUUCCACACGCCGCACGAUGUUGGAGGCGGGUGCACGCCUCAAUGGAAUUUUUCCACGAAAGUCACGGUCGCCGAGCCGAAAGAGUGCAUUCAUCGAACGGAUCGACCGGUCGUGUACGUCGACACGCAGCCGAUCCUGGGCAAGCCCGAUAGCACGGGUGAAAACUUGAUCCCGUUUACGACGUUGACCAAGCUAAACUCGUCGAAAAACAAACAACACAGCAAAGGCGAGAAAAAUCCGACGCUGCACUUUGUCGUGCUCAGUGUUCGUCGCACGGUGCCCAAGUCGAGCGACAAGCCGACGCUGUACUGCACCGCGUACGAUCCGAUCACUGCCAGCGACUACGAAGUCGUUGGAACGCCGACCAACUGGCCGGUCAACUUCUUUGACCCGGACGUGAACAAAAACUACGAAGCCGAGUGGCUCGCGAUGUUGGGCAAUCUAAAGCUAGGUCGCACCAUUACCCCCAAGCUAUUCAUCCGUGUGUACAACAAGCAGCCCCGCAGCGACCAGUUGAUUGGCGAAACGGAAGUGUCUGUUGCGUCCAUGAUGGCGCGCGAGGGGUAUGGGAUCAAAUCGUGGUUUUCCAUUUACGAUCCUGUGACAGAGAAAUGCACGGGACAGAUCGAACUGCACGCGCACUUUCAAAUUCGCACGUUGGGGCAAUCGGUGGAGACGCUGGCUCCUGUUCCACAUGACAAGUCGAUUCCAAAACUAAUCGUGCCAUCAUCCAAGGUCAAGUUGGACCUGAUCGUCGAUUCAAAAGCAGCCGCGCCAUCGCCGUCCGUGAAAGUGCUGCCUUCGUCCCAACAACUACCAACCAAUUCCAACGAAGCUGCUCUCAAGGAGCGCAUCAACGAGCUCGAGAAGAAGCUUGCAUUGGAAUCGAAUAUGGCUGCAUCAUCCGACUCGACCAAGUGGAAGAAGAAGUACGAGCAGCUCAAACAGCAAACGACCGACGAACAGGCUCAAGCCGAAAAAAAAGUUCAGCUGCUCAAGGAAGAAAUCGUCGCGCUCAACAACAAGGCGUCAAAUCCACUGUCUGUCGAAGACUUUUCCGCCCCUACUACACUGGCUGCGAUGAAGGCAAUCUUGUAUUCGAGGUGCCCCGAGCGACCCUUCAAUGGAUUGAAGAAAGCUAUGGCGGCCGUGGUCGACUCCCCUGGAAAGAUUUCUAUCGUGGCCUGUGAAGAAGUCCUUGAUGACUUUGGCUUGGCCCUUAAUGCGACUCAAAAGCGCAACUUAUUCCGAUGCUUGGACCCUGAUACCGUCGGCGUGUUUUCUAUCGAAGAUUUCCUCGUGAAAUUGAAUGGCGACAUGGCGCGAUCACUUUCCAAACAAAAGCUCGAGAACAAUGGGACUCAAAUCCCUUCUGCGCCUCGUCAUGCAUCGAUGGCAGUAUCAAAGUCCAAGGAAAUGCUGCCAAAACUCAGCGCCUUACACUCCACCUCCCACGACAUUCCAGCUGCCUUGGACACGACUGUCAAAUCUACUACCAACAGUCACGAUGGCCACACGUCUGGCUCCGAACUGGUGUCGCAUGCCGAGCGUAAGGCGCUCGAAAAAAUGGUGGACCAGACAAUUGAGAACGCUCCAGUCGAGGAGCCUCAAGAGAAACCAAACAAGAUCAAUCCAGCGGUGGACGACAAGGCCAUCAAAAUUGAGGCGGACACGGUAAACGUACCACGGAAAGAACACGCCACGCCUCGUUCGAAUCACCCGAGUGACACUGAGGUCCAUGGUGGAAACAAUGUCGCCUUGGGCGACCAGAAAAAGCCACCAAGCAAACCAAAUGCACAUUUAAAAGCUGCUGAAAAACUUGCGACCGAAAUUCCGAUUCAACCGAUGACCAAGCCUGCUGCGGCAAAGCAGAGUAAACCUCCAAACAACCAUGUGCAGUUUGCCAACGACGCGGAGCUACACAAGUACCUGGCGCAGCAACUGCCCGAGAAAUGGGAUAUGCAAUUCACCCCCAAAGGCAAACCUUAUUUUCGCAACUUUACAACGAGAUCCACGCAAUGGAACCAUCCUGUCGCUGAUGUCGACGCAUUGUACAGAGCGUAUGUGCUCCAAAAGAAGGAAGGAGCUUCAAAACAAAUCUCAGAAUCUAAGGCAAUAGGGUUGUGAAUUGCAUUGUUCAUUUUGCG